GAGUGAUGGCCGGGGGGCUGGGGACAGGCUGCCUACUUCCUCUUUUCUAAUCCGCUUGUUCACUGCGGACUCCGGAUAUCCGUGGGGACUCGUCCACUCUGGUGUCGCACCAUGUGGCAGCUGCUGCCACCAACGGCUCUGCUGCUUCUAGUUUCAGCCGACGCGCAGACCGCAGAUCCCCUGAAGGCGGUCGUGUCCCUAGACCCUCCAUGGGCCAGGGUGCUCGAGAAGGACAGUGUGACUCUGAAAUGCCAAGGGGCCCACCCCCCGGAGGGCGAUGUCACACAGUGGUAUCACAAUGACAGCCUCAUCCCAAACCAGGCCUCCAGCUACUUCAUCAGGGAAGUCAGAGCCAAGGACAGUGGAGAGUACAGGUGCCAGACACAGCUCUCCACGCGCAGUGACCCGGUGCAGCUGGACGUCCAUACUGGCUGGCUGGUGCUCCAGGCCCUGCGCUGGGUGUUCCAGGAAGGGGAGCCCAUCCGGCUGAGAUGCCACAGCUGGAAGAACAACCCUGUGCAGAAGGUCUCGUACUUGCAGGACGGCAAAGUCAAGAAGUUUUUUCAUCAGAAUACCGACUUCGUCAUCCCGGCAGCCGCUCGCAGUCACAGUGGCACCUACUACUGCAGGGGGCUGAUCGGGAGUAAGAACAUGUCGUCGGAGACCGUGGACCUCCUCGUUCAAGGUCCGGCAAGUCCAUCCGUCGUCUCCUCAGUCCUCCUACCUUGGCACCAAGUCGCUUUCUGCCUGCUGAUGGGACUCCUGUUUGCAGUGGACACAGGGCUGUAUUUCUCUAUGCAGAGAGACUUUCAAAGUUCACAGGGACACCAGGACUACGCACUUAGCUGGAGCCAGAAUUCUCAGAGCAAGUGACCCCUACCCCGUGGGGUAACAGCAGGGGCCACAGCUUCUCUGAGCCCCUCUUUGGGUUCUCAACUCCAUCCUCCCCAUCAGACAUCUCCAUGGGCAGCAGGAAGAGGACAACUCAGAGCCUGGCCUGAGGGCCUCUUACCAAUUUUCUGUCUUCUCUCGCUUUCCCAUAAAGAGAAGGCUUGCGCGGGACCAGCAGAUGGCAUAAUAGUUACGUCACUGGACUCCCACAUAGUGGACAGUGGUUCAAGUCCUGGACGCAGUGGCUUAAACCUCACGCCAGGUGUGUGU